AUGUGGGGUUAGAGAGAUAGAGUGGAAGAAAAAGUAGUUGGGAAUAAUUGAAAAGAUAAAGAGAAAAUGUUGGAAAUUGAUGUUAAAAAUACUAAAAAGAAAAGAAAAAAAGAAAACAACUCAUAAAAAAUAUGAUGGUAAUAAUGUCAAAAAGUAAUACCAAUAAAUUGAAAGAGGCAUCGUAUUUAAGUUUACUCAAAAAGGAAAAGAGACACUGUAUUAUGAGACGAAAUACUAAUUUUUUUUUUUUUUUUUUUGAACAAAAGGGAGUACUAAUCUAAUGGUGCAUUAUGGAAACAUAUUGAGUUGUAUUUUGGCCAUAAUUAUUAAAAUAAUAAUGUGCCGUUUCCUGAAAAUAAUGAUAAUUAUCCUAUAAAAAAAAAUAAUGAUAAUUAUGAAUGCUUUAUUCACUUCAAAAACAUUGUUAAUUAUAAACACCAAAAUAAACCACUUUCUUUCACUUUCUCUCUCCUCCCUUGUUCUACUCCAAAUUUGCAGACACUCUCUUUUCUCUCUUCUGUGUUUAAGGGUAUUUGUGCUUUCUUUUGCGCCAUAUCAAAGCAAACUCUUCUACAAAAACCCUUUUUAAUUUUCUACAUAAAAUUAAUUUGGGUACCCAAAAACCUAUUUGAUUCUCUCAAAAAUAACCCAAAAAAAUACAAAAAUAAAAAAUAAAUAAUAAUGGAAGAAAGUGGUAACAUAGCAAACAAUGUAGCUCAAGCCAUAACAGCUGCUCUUGAUUGGAGUUCUACCCCAGAUACUCGCAGGGCUGCAUUUGCUUACUUAGAAUCUUUUAAAGCAGGGGAUGUACGUAUCUUGGCUAGUACGUCCAUCAUUUUAGUUAAGAAGGAGUGGUCUUCCGAAAUACGGCUGCAGGCGUUCAAAAUGCUUCAGCAUCUGGUAAGGCUACGUUGGGAAGAAUUGAAUCCAAUGGAACGUCGCAACUUUGCAAGCAUCGCUGUUGACCUGAUGUCUCAGGUUGCGGAUCCAUGCGAGGAGUGGGCUUUAAAAAGUCAGACAGCUGCUCUUGUGGCAGAGAUAGUAAGGAGAGAAGGCCCAAAUAUGUUGCAGGAGUUAUUCCCCUCGGUUGCAGCCCUCUCUAACAGUGGCCCUUCUCAAGCCGAAUUGGUGUCAAUGAUGCUAAGGUGGCUUCCUGAAGAUAUUACUGUUCAUAAUGAAGAUUUAGAAGGUGACCGGCGUAGGCUUUUGUUACGUGGAUUGACUGAAUCUCUGCCAGAAAUCUUACCUUUGCUAUACACAUUGCUAGAGAGGCACUUUGGAGCUGCAGUAAAUGAGGCUAAUCAGCAGCAUCUAGACAUUGCAAAACAGCAUGCAGCUACAGUUACAGCAACUUUGAAUGCAAUAAAUGCUUAUGCUGAGUGGGCUCCGUUGCCCGAUCUUGCCAAAUAUGCCAUAAUCUACGGGUGUGGCUGCUUGCUUACUUCUCCAGAUUUUCGCCUUCAUGCUUGUGAGUUCUUCAAACUUGUCUCUGCAAGGAAGAGACCAGCUGAUGCACCUCCGGAUUUUGAUUCUGCAGUGCGCAGUAUCUUUGAGACUAUGAUGAAUGUUUCCAAAGAUUUCCUUCACAAAUCAAGCUUGGGUAGUGGGGCCGUUGAUGACAGUGAAUUUGAGUUUGCAGAGUUAAUAUGCGAGUGCAUGGUUUCUCUGGGUUCAACAAAUCUGAUGUGCAUCUCUAGCGAUACAAAGACUAACAUACUUUUUUUUUUUCUUCAACAGAUGCUGGGGUACUUCCAACAUUAUAAGCUGGCCCUCCAUUGUCAGUCACUGCCUUUCUGGCUGGCAUUAAUGAGAGAUCUACUGUCAAAGCCAAAAGCUCAUGCAACUGGAGAUGGUGCAGUAAACAGUUCUGCUGGCUCUGGACAGGCUGAAAGUGAGAAGAAUAAUAUCUUAAAUUUGAUCAAUGAUGAUUGCUGUGGUGCAAUUCUAGACACAUCCUUCCCACGUCUUCUUAGAAAAGAAAAGGUUCAUCCCGAGACAGCACAUUCUUUUGGACCUUUGGAAAUGUGGAGUGAUGAUUUUGAGGGCAAAGGAGAAUUUGGACAGUACCGUUCUAAGCUGAUGGAGCUAAUACGGCUUGUUUCAAACCACAAGCCUAUAGUUGCUGCUACAAGGGUGUCUGAGAGAACAAUCAUGAUUAUUCAGAGCUUAGUAUCCUCUUCAGUGCCAACUCAGGAUUUAGUCAUACUGGAGAGCAUGCAAUUGGCUUUGGAAAACGUUGUUGUUGCGGUUUUUGGUGGGUCAGAUGAAUUUGCUAGUGGUAGCUCGGAAAUUCAACUUGCAUUGUGUAGGAUAUUUGAAGGUCUCCUGCAGCAGCUGCUUACCUUACAGUGGACUGAACCUUCGUUUGUGGAAGUCCUUGGCCACUAUAUGCACUCAUUGGGUCCAUUUUUGAAAGUAUACCCUAAUGCAGCUGGUCCUGUAGUUAAUAAGCUUUUUGAGCUUUUGACUUCCCUUCCUGUUAUUGUUAAGGAUCCUUCUACAAACAGUUCCCGACAUGCUAGGCUGCAGAUCUGUACAUCUUUCAUCCGAAUUGCCAAAGUUGCUGACAAAAGUUUGCUGCCUCACAUGAAGGGGAUAGCAGACAUGAUGGGACAGUUGCAAAAUGAGGGACGUCUGCUUCGUGGAGAACAUAAUCUUCUUGGUGAAGCAUUUCUUAUUAUGGCUUCUGCUGCUGGUGUUCAACAGCAGCAAGAAGUUUUAGCUUGGUUACUUGAACCUUUGAGUAAACAGUGGAUCCAGCAAGAUUGGCAAAAUGCUUAUUUGUCUGAUCCAUCUGGUUUUGUUCGUUUGUGUGCGGAUACACCAUUAAUGUGGUCCAUUUUCCAUACGGUAACUUUCUUUGAGAGGGCACUUAAGAGAUCUGGAAUCCGGAAGAAUAAUUUGCAGAAUAUCUCAGCAGGAACACCUGUGCAACCAAUGGCUCCUCAUUUGACAUGGAUGUUGCCGCCUCUUCUAAAACUUCUCCGUGCUAUGCAUUCACUUUGGUCUCCUGCCGUUGUCCAAUCAUUACCAGGAGAAGUGAAAGCUGCACUUACCAUGAGUGAUAUAGAACGUAUUAGUCUUCUUGGAGAAGUGAACACAAAAGCACAAAAAGCUCCUUUGGGCUUUGCUGAUGGAUCAUUGACAGAUAUGAGCAAGGAUUCCUAUGGAGAGCCAAAUGAAAAAGACAUACGUAAUUGGUUAAGAGGUAUCAGAGACAGUGGGUAUGAUGUUGUGGGCUUAUCUACUACUGUAGGAGAUGCUUUUUUCAGAAGUUUGGAUGUCGAUUCCGUGGUUCAAGCUCUGAUGGAGAAUCUGCAGUCAAUGGAAUACAGGCAUUUGAAGCAGCUCAUUCAUUUGGUCAUCAUCCCUUUAAUCAAGUCUUGCCCUCCGGAGUUAUGGGGGACAUGGCUGGAAAAACUUCUACACCCAAUACUUCAUUAUGCUCAGCCAUCUCUGAGCUCCUCAUGGUCAAGUCUUUUAAAUGAAGGUAGGGCAAAGGUUCCAGAUGUUUGCAAUGUACUUGGAGGAUCAGAUCUGAAAGUAGAAGUAAUGGAGGAGAAGCUGCUUCGUGAUGUAACUCGUGAAGUAUGUGGGCUAUUGUCAGCGUUGGCUUCUCCUGCACUUAAUGUUGGUCUUCCUUCUUUGGAUCAUUCAGGCCAUAUUACUCGUUUCGAUACUUCCUCUUUGAAGGAUUUAGAUGUAUUAGCCUCCUCUUCCGCUGUUAGUUUUCUAUUGAAGCACCAAACCUUAGCCGUCCCAGGCCUGCAUUUAUGUCUGGAUGCUUUUAAAUGGACAGAUAGUGAAGCUAUGGCAAAACUUUGUUCAUUCUGUGGUGUUAUUGUUGUUUUGUGUAUUUCAACAAAUAAUGGGGAACUUCGAGAUUUUGUUUCCAAAGACUUGUUCUAUGCAGCUAUCCAAGGUUUGGCCCUUGAAUCAAAUGCUUUCGUAAGCUCGGAUCUGGUUAGUCUAUGUCGUGAGAUUUAUUUCUAUCUAGCAGAUAGAAACCCCGCGCCUAGGCAGAUUUUGUCGACGCUUCCUUGCAUUAACCCUCAAGAUUUAGCUGCUUUUGAGGAAGCUUUGGCCAAGACAGCAAGCCCCAAGGAGCAAAAACAGCAUAUGAAAAACUUGCUUUUACUGGGAACUGGAAACAAGUUAAAAGCACUUGGUGCUCAAAAGAGUGUCAAUGUUAUCACAAACGUGACAGUGAGAUCUCGGGCAGCCAGUAGCACUUUCGAUACCAGUACUGAAGAUGGGGAUGCUAUAGGACUGGCCGCAAUCAUGUGAGUGCUAGUUAUAAAUUAUUAUCCCUGUACAGAAGAACUUCAUCCGUUUAAGUCAGAAUUUACAGAAUACAGUAUAGAGAAGUCGAGUUUUGAGCACAUGUUGGGGCAUCAUAUAUCAUCUUUUUUGACAUCAGAAGGCACAUACUGUAGGCUCUGAUGUGAAUUCUUGCGACAUCUAAACCCUGCUUGUGCAAUCUUCUAUAACUGUUCAUCUUGAUGAUCAGUUUUAAACGGACCUUAUUAUCACAUUUUUUACCUCACAGUAGAGUUUUGAUGUAUGUUGUAAUUUCAUAGUACAUAAAGUCUUUUGAGCUUAUUCCUUAGAAAGAGUAUAAGUGUAGGCUAACUUAAUUUAGGUUUUUGAACAAGGGAUUGGAUAAUUGGCAUCUGAGCUUAGAACUGUCCUAGCGUAGUGUAAUUGCAGGGCCUUAUUUUGUUUAUUUUAUCAUAUGUAAAGUUGAUAAUUUGAAUUAUCUCGAGUAUUUAACCUUCA